AAUUUUGGUUAUUUGCUGGUGGACAUUUAUCCCAUUAAAACGAGCUAUGGAAUCGUCUCGUUUCUCCCGACCAGUUGGAUUGCUUCUGCCUCAUCCCUUCUUGUCGUCCACGCCGCCAUCUCCUUGGUCAUCCGCAACAACGAGGAGCUCGAGAAGCUGCUGUCUGGGGUGACCAUCGCCCAUGGCGGAGUGCUGCCCAACAUCAACCUGGUGCUCCUCCCAAAGAGGGCCGCGGAGAAGGCCAACAAGGAGGCCAAGUCGCCAAAGAAGAACCCCGCCACCGCCAAGUCCCCCAAGAAGGCCGUCGCCGCCGCCGAGUAGAGUAGAGUAGAGUAGAGUAGAGUAGAGUCUGAAUCGGGUUUCUUCUUCUUCUGCUGUAUGUAAUGC